UCUGCGGUACAAGUACGCGCCGGGUCCUUCCUUCCUCUUCGUCUCAGACAGAGCACCCAAACCCAGACGCUCCCUAACCCAUCCAAAAGCCCCAGCGGCCAUGGCGGGCCAAGAGGAGAAGGUUCUUGACGCACCAACGUCGCCGGUGCCCACGCAGACCAUGGCGGGCCAAGAGGGGGACGCUGUCGACGCACCAAAGUCGCCGGCGCCGGCCGGGAGCGACACCGGCCUCAAGCUUCCGUCGGCCGCUCCGGACGCCACGGUUCAUCAGGUCGUGUCUGGGGAUGAGGAGGAGCUGCAGGAGACCCUUGCCCGUGGGAAGAAGAAGAAGAUGGAUGACCUAUCCGGAUCAGCUGCUUCCGGAUCCACCAAGAAGCCCCGCGCCGCCGAUCUGCUGCAUGCCUCCAUCUUUCAAGACGAGGCACCAUCGACUGGACUCGCCCCCACGCUCUUCGCUGACUACACCUUUCUUUCUCGGGAGCCAUUUUCUGCAGCAGCGGGCGUCCGGCCGCCACCACGCCGUCCACCCGGAGGUAACACAGCGCCGGCCGGGACAGCAAUAUUCUUUGGACCCAUGACCGAGGCGCAAGAUCGUCUCUCGGAGAUAAUGGGUGACCAGGAUUUUGUACUCCGCGCCGCCAUCUCAGGCGGUUGGAAGCCAGACAACGACAAGCCGCCCGUGCACCCGCCAAACGAUGACUGAAGAAAUGCAUCAAGUGCAAGACGAACGAUCCCCUCAAGACCCCGUGCGAACAUUGCUUUGCUGCAGCCGCUGCGCAAAAUCAAGUUCGAUUAAGGUAAUGCACAACAGUUCCCAGCUUCAACGCGGCGAAGCAUGUAUCCGAAACAGACAACAUUUCUACUAUUAUUAGUAUGUUUCUUCUCAAUGUGUGGUCGCCAGUCUCGCGAAUGAUCCAUGGGCCUGUACUUUGUUAUUUGUCUUGUAUUCGGCUUGGGCAAAACUUUGCUAUAAUCUGAAACUUGAUUCUGAUAUUUAUGUUGU